ACCUUUAGCCUGGAUGCCGAGGGGAGUGCCUGGAAUUAUGGCGCAGUCUGGGCUUGGGCAGGAUCCCGAGAGUACUGCUGCAGUCACCGUGCUAAAGCGGGCGGUGGAACUAGAUUCGGAGUACCGGUACCCGCAGGCUCUGGUGUGUUACCAAGAGGGGAUUGAUCUGCUCCUGCAGGUCCUGAAAGGCACCAAAGAUUAUACUAAGAAAUGUAAUCUCAGACAAAAAAUUUCCAACUACAUGGAUAGAGCAGAAAACAUAAAGAAAUACUUGGAUCAAGAAAAAGAAGAUGGAAAAUAUCACAAGCAAAUUAAAAUAGAAGAGAAUGCAACAGGUUUCAGUUAUGAGUCACUUUUUCAAGAAUACCUUAAUGAGACAGUUACAGAAGUUUGGAUAGAAGAUCCUUAUAUUAGAAAUACUCAUCAGCUGUAUAACUUUCUUCGAUUUUGUGAGAUGCUUAUUAAGAGACCAUGUAAAGUAAAAACUAUUCACCUUCUCACCUCUCUGGAUAAAGGCAGUAAGAAAGAGCACCAAAUUAGCAGCCUGGAAGAAAUAAAAGAGUCACUCAGCAAUCAUGGAGUGCUGUUGGAAAUAGAAUACUCUUCUUCAAUACAUGACCGAGAAAUUAGGUUCAACAAUGGAUGGAUGAUUAAGAUUGGAAGGGGACUGGAUUAUUUUAAGAAACCACAGGGUAAUUUUUACCUUGGAUAUUGUGAUUUUGAUUUAAGACCAUGUCAUGAAACAACAGUGGACAUUUUUCAUAACAAGCACACAAAAAAAAUAUGAUGGGUAGUAGCCUAAUUUAUAUAUUUCUACUUUAAGUGAAUAUUGGAUUUUUAAAAUUUUGAACAGAUCAUUUUUAUAAUGUAUGUAUUUCACAAUAAACUUACAUUUCUACUAA